CUCCCAACUAGAACAAUGCUGAGGGAACGGGGAGGGGAGAGGACCGGUGUGGAGGCAAAAGUCUGAAAACAGGUGAAUGACGGAGGAGCCGUGGAAGGGAGAGGAGCCAGCAUCACGGCUGUAGGAGAGCCCAGCGGAGGAGGAGGAGGAGGCGGUGGCGGCGGUGGCAAGAAGAGAGCCUUUGGCUCUGUGGCAGCAGACCCUGGCUGUGCGGCGGCUGAGCCAUGGCUACAAAUUUCAACGACAUCGUCAAACAGGGAUAUGUGAAAAUGAAGAGCAGGAAACUGGGGAUUUACCGUCGUUGCUGGCUGGUGUUUCGGAAAUCUUCCAGCAAAGGCCCCCAGCGGCUGGAGAAGUAUCCGGAUGAGAAGUCCGUGUGUUUACGUGGCUGCCCAAAGGUCACUGAGAUCAGCAAUGUGAAAUGCAUCACGAGGCUACCCAAGGAAACCAAGCGGCAGGCUGUGGCUAUCGUUUUUACUGAUGACUCGGCUCGGACAUUCACCUGUGAAUCCGAGCUGGAGGCCGAGGAAUGGUACAAGACCCUGUCCAUCGAGUGCCUGGGGGCCCGGCUGAACGACAUCAGCCUUGGAGAGCCAGAUCUGUUGGCGCCUGGAGUACAGUGCGAACAGACAGACCGGUUUAAUGUCUUCCUCCUGCCGUGCCCAAAUCUGGACAUCUACGGCGAAUGCAAGCUUCAGAUCACCCAUGAAAACAUUUACCUCUGGGAUAUGCACAAUCCUCGCGUCAAGCUCGUCUCCUGGCCCUUGUGUUCGCUGCGCCGCUACGGACGAGAUGCUACGCGGUUUACCUUCGAGGCUGGACGGAUGUGCGACGCAGGGGAAGGGCUCUACACCUUCCAGACCCAGGAGGGGGAGCAGAUCUACCAGCGGGUCCACAGUGCCACUUUGGCCAUUGCUGAACAGCACAAGCGGGUUCUGCUGGAGAUGGAGAAGAAUGUGCGGCUGUUGAACAAGGGCACAGAACACUACUCCUACCCAUGUACACCUACGACCAUGUUACCACGUAGUGCCUACUGGCACCACAUCACCGGCUCUCAGAACAUUGCGGAAUCCUCCAACUACGGAGAAACCGGUUCUGCUGUCUGGUCCACAGGCAACGCCUACUCGGGGCCCCAGGCCAGCUCAGAGACCGACCUCCUGAACCGAUUCAUCUUACUGAAGCCAAACGUCCCCAAAAGCAGCAAGAACGAGAGCAAAGAAGCCAAUUCCGCUUCACACUGACGUGGCCCUGGAUGGGAGAGGUCAGGAUGUUGGCUCCGUCAGAAAGGGGAGUGGGCUCCACACCCGAAGACUUUUUAAAAGAAAAUUCCAGUGCCUGCUCCCCUCCUUUUAUGAGGGGGCUGUGGUUUGAGGACAGCUGCUUUUUUUUGCUGCAGGAGAAGGGGGCAGAAUGGGCACAGAAGUAGUUCUGUGGAGAACGUUCCGUAUUCAGGAGUUGGGCCUGAAAUGUCUGCCCGGCAGGUCAAAUGUUGCUAGGCCCAGCGUGAGGGUGAGAACAUGGA